AUGGUUUUGAUGGCUUCCGCGUCAGCGUUUGGAGAGGCGUUGAAACCUUUUAAGAAGAAAUUGGAUGAAGCUGAUGACAAUCACGGCUCUGACCCCGUUCCUGAUUUGAUUGACCUUAUUACACCCGAGGAUUUGGAGCUCACCAAACAGCUGAAUGAAUUGGGGCUCCCUCUUUCCUUCCAGACAAACAAAGAGGCAACUGCCUUACAGGAUUGCAAGUGUGCCAUGUUCACUGCACCCUUUCCCGAGAAGGAUAUAGGUAGACUGAGGAUUCUUAUGUUUCCAAAAGGGGACAACGUGGACUAUUUGUCAAUUUAUGUAGAUGCCGGUGGGGAUCCUGCUUAUUUGCCUCGUCACUGGAAAAAACAUGCAUAUUUCAAGUUGGCUUUGAUUAAUCAAGUCAAUGAAAAAAUGAAUAAAAUAAAAGAAUUUAGCCACAUGUUCAAUGCAAGUAAGAUUGAGUUGGGUUUCUCAAGAUUCAUACCUUCAGAUGAACUUUGUGACUCUAGCCGUGGUUUCAUCGUAAAUGAUACUUGUAUAAUUCAAGUUGAGAUUUUGGCUAACAAGUCAGAACAUGAGAACCAAGUUGAUAAAUCAGUUAGUAAGAUUGAUGAUGAUAAGCAUGUUGAAUGCACUGAUAAUCGUUUACCCAAGGAAAUGAUCUCAGCCUCAUCUGACAAGCUAGUGGAUUUCAGGGGUAUAGGGAAAGUAGAACAAGAUUUUGUUCCACUACUAGAAGAAGUUUGUUCUAGACAUCCCUCACUUAUUGAUAGUAAGCAGAAGAAAAGUCAAAGAUUUAUUGAAUGGGCAUUUACAGCUCUGUGUCGAGUUUUACAUUUUCUCAAGACAAAAAGGGUAAAAGACAUGGAUGAUGAUGAUGCAUGUAAGCAUCUCCAAAAUUUAUGGGAGGAACUUGAGGUAUUUAGAUUUGAUCUGACUUGGCUAGAACCCCAUGUGCAAUCUGCAUUGAGCAUGAAAAACUAUAUGGAGAAAGUUGCUCUGGUGAAAAGAUUAGAGGAGAAUGUGACUGCUUUAGAGAUUGAAACAAAGAGGUUGAAAACAAACCUGAUUGAAGCAGAGGUAGAUCUUGAAAUAACAAGAAGAGACUUGGUGAAAGCAAAAGAAGGCUUUGAAGUGGGUGAUUUGGAUGCUGAACUAGGAUAUGGAGGCCCAUAA